AUGCACACGGGGCGACCUGUGGCCUGGGCCGUGCAGUCCGGGUCUGCGCCCAGCCCCGAGCAGAGGUUCGAAGUCAUCGGCACUUCUCAUUUCGAUUGGUGGUCUGGCAACCGCAAAGGGUAUCAGCGAGCCAUGGAUGAUCUGCUGCGCAACCAGCUACCUUCGGGCUUGCGUCACUGUGAUGGCCUCCAGGCUGUCCAUGAUUCCAAAAGCUGGUGGACAGGUUACGGCCACAAUGGCUUCAUAGACUGUCCACGGGAGCUCAAAGGGGAGUGCUGUUGCCCCCUGGGCCACCGAAUCCUCGAAGAUCGCUGCGAGCCUUGUGGUGACUUCGCCGACGCCGUCGAAGAGUUGCAUGCCCUGCCAUUGCUCUACACUCUGAGCCCGGAGUCCGGCAAGGCAAGCUUUCAUGUGAUGCUGCUGCUCGCCUGUUUCGCCCUGCCACUUCCCUGGGCCUUCCUAGCACAGCUGAGAUGGCGGCUUGGCUGGAAGCGCGCGGAGGAGGCGUUUCUACACUACGCCGCCCGGCAUCAGCGGAAGGAGGCGGCGGAAAGCUGGGGAAAAUUGGGAAGACGGGGCGCUUCCCAAGGGCCCAUCACGGUGGAGGUAAGUUCGAUGUCCGGCGAAACUCGGAAGGCACCGGGAUUCCACGGCUCUUCUCUUCUCCUACAUCUUCGAAAGGAAGCGUCAGCCAUCUUCCACAUGGACUUCGUGAAUGUUGGCCUGGUGGUCGGUUCCCGCGUGCUGCCAACAGAUUUGGAUUUCAAGACCUUGGACGAGCUGGGCAUUGUCGAUGGCACCUUCCUUUCCGUGGUUUUUAUGCCGCCAGAAGAGCCGUCUUGGCGCGACCGCCUGGCUGGAACUUCGGAGAGUCAUGCCUACACCUUCUUCCGACGCAAUCGCAACGUCUACCGUGCAAGAGACUGCCAACACCUCGGGCAGCUGCGUUUGGCCCAGGGCAACACGAUCAACUUCGGGCAGUCGUACACCAAGGGCUGGACCUGUGAUGGCUGCGAGAAGUUCUUUCCACCCGGUACGAUGCUCCGACGCUGCGACAUCUGUCGGAUUGACUUCUGCGAGCGCUGUGCAGCCAGCGCGGGCUUUCCAAGUAUCCCAGACGAGGAUUUGGGAGACUAG